UAAAUCGGUACGCCGUAAACGCGCGCACACUCCAUAUCGACGGCAGCCAUACAAUUCCGUCAGCAUACCUCAAUUGGUCUAUGAACUCCUUACCGUCGACAAAUAUAAUCAGGAAGCAAGACGCUUUCCGUCUCCGGAACGCUUCGAGGCACGCUCUCGAAGAAUGCAGAAUUCUCACGAGCAGCAAAGGCUCCCGUAUGGGGCAGUCGACCAUCGCGAGGAUUCGGAAUCCGUGCAAGUGCCCGAAUACACAAUAGAAUCCAGACCUACAUCCGUCGAUAGUCUCACCGAAGCAACGGAUGCUGCAAAUAGCUCGGCGCCGACGAGUUCCGCGAAUAGCAGCGUGUCAAAUGUCUCAAUGGAACCAAUCAAGCUGGCAAACUCGCUCAACAGCGCCAAAGCGCUUUUCAGGAAGAGAUCCCUGGUACAGCUCAUUAACAGUUACAUCAAAGCUGGCAUCGAAGAAGGAAAGCGACAGGCGAAAAAGUAUAUCCGCAAGGCGCUGUCUUUCGGCGUGAGAUCAGGCUACUUGAUCCCGACCGACCGACAAGGUAGCAUGCUCCGCGUGUGCCCGACUCUGGACACACAGUCUUGGAGAUGGGGACCGACCGACGCUGAGUCUCGACAAAGACGACGCAUUGCUCGACGAGGGAAGACGCAUUUGACAACUAUCGCCGAUCGAAAAGCAAUGCGUCGCGGAAUUCCACGAGAUCAAUUGCUUCACAGCGUGGGCGACAGGCGGACGGAUACGAAAAGGAGAAACAGAACGCGUCUCGCUAAAAGUCCUGCCAGAAGCUCGAGCACGCGGGAGAGCCCUCCGAGAAAAUCGCCUGGUAAAUCACGCGAGAGAAACAAACGGAAAGCUUCCACAAAGAGGAACAGCAAAAUUAGUAAUGCGAUCAACAAUAAACGAGAACAGCAGCAAAAAGAAGACAACGAUAAAAAUAAGAAGUCAGUCAAGAGGCGACGAACGUCCUUUUCCGCGAAACGUGCUAAGAAUGAUCACGAACCAGUUGGGGAAAGCUAUAAAGACGUUAGCGGAAGAGAUCGUGAUCAAUAUAAAAGCAAUGAGGAGAACUACAGACCUGAAAGACGAAAGUCGACGUCGAGUCAAGAGGAUGAAUCAAUGGAGAAACGAGAUACCGAGGCAAAUAUCAACGAUGACAGGAUAGAAAGUAGAAAUUCCAACGAUGAGGACAAUGACAAAAAAUCUGAUGAAGGGAGUGUCGAACAGCAACGUCGUCGCAAGCCGAACAUUCCCGAGUUGGUCUACAAGUACCUUGCUGCGAACGAAGCUUUUGACGAUACAGAACAUCGUCUCGUAAGCAAAUGCCAUUCCUGCGGCCAAGAGAAACAUCAUGACGAAGUCAUAGAUUCUCCUUCGCAAGUUGUCAACAGGGGCAUAGGUUACAGAGUAAGGCCAGGACAGCGCAAGGAUAGUAGUAGAGUUUCAAAAUUGCCCAAAGUCAAGCGACGUCCUAUCUCCAAGGAUCUGCCGAGCUCGUAUUUGCAAAAAUGCAUAGAUAGUGAAGAUACAAGAAAGGCAAAAAAGUAUAUGAAAAAAGCGCUGGACUUUGGUGUCGAGUCCGGUUACCUCAUCCCUUCCGAUCCUACGUAUAGAAUUCUACGCGUGUCCUCGGACUUAAUGAAAAGCGAUUCGCGAAGAAGCAAAAGCAUUUGCGAUACGGCUCUCUCUAAGAAUCGUAAUAUUCCGACUAAACUCGAGGACCUCCAAGUGCAAGAGCAAAGGAGGCGGCGAGGAAGGCGCGGAAGGCGUAGUCGAAGAUCAAAAAGUGGUUCGAGGACGCGUCGUAGAAGCAGAAGGGGGAGGAGAAGGAGCAGAUCUCGUAGCAUAGGACGUAAAAGGAACAGCAGCCCGCAGAAUCCCGAAGAGGUUGUCGAGGAUAAGGCGGACGAUUACGAGAUGGAUGAGAACGAUCCAAAGAGCAAUAUUCACACGGGCGACAUAGAAAGGGAACCGAAGACCGUUCGAUCGAAUCAACCUGACAAGGAGCGAUCCACGGAGAAAGUUGAGGAGGAUGGCUCGGAUUUAUCCCUCGACGAGGAUGAAACUGAUGACGAGAUGGCGACCAAGGAAGCUGACAUUACCAAAUCAUAGUUUUUCAAAGUUCAAUUUAAAUGCAAUUUCUGUAAAGCGCAAUCUCUUCUCCAUUUUAUUCAUCCGAUGCUUUAGCAAAUGAUUGACUUUGUAUAAAAUUAUAUUAUUUAUCUACGUUUUGAUGUUCGUUUACAAUCUAAUAAUUACACGUAUAAAAUGUAAUGCAUAUAAUCACGUGGUUAGUCAUGUGCAAUAUACGUGCUUCAAUAAACCGAUGUGUAUUCACAUCGUAUAACAAAAUUGUCAUUUGUUGAAUCUCGAGAUGCAUUAGAUUGUAUUUUAGAACUAGAAUUGAGAAAGAUGCUGAAAAUUUAUAGAUCUUAAGCUUUAUGUAUUACUUCCCUUUUCUAAAUUUAUUGCCAACAUCCAAAGAGCGAUUUUACGAUUCCGCAAAUUUACACGAUUGCUUGGAGAACGUCCCUUUUGCGAAUUCAAGACUUUAAGUGGAGGUGAAACUUUCUCUGCGAGAUCGUAAGAUACCUUACAAAGAUACCUUACAAUAUGGAAAACAGGAAAAGCCCAA